AUGAGGGAAGCGGAACCCAGUCAGUGUGAGAUCAUGCUGCAGCUGCUCCUCACUGCUUUACUGUUGGUUCAACUCAUUCAAAAUGGUAAGAAAUGCAGAUAAUCCACAGUUUUAUUUAGUUUCUGCAGAAGCCAGCUCAUAAAUGUACUUUCUUUAUUUUGUGUUUCAGCGGACUCCGGUCCAAUACAGGAGGCCAGAAAAGGUAAAGCUUGUUGUGAUUUCAGUCAGAUUCAGAUUUGUGUGCUUCUUUAAUGAGCAGGUGUGGGAUUUUUUUUUUUUUCAGCUCUACGAAUGGACUGGUUCUUGAGAGCGUUACGUUACAUGGAGACAAACCCAGAGACUUUGGACGGUACGCUCACACUGACAUCGUUUCAGUUCAGACUGUCGGUUUUAGAUUUGCACUCACAGGUGAGAGGACAGGUGUGUUUUUCUUUUUCUGUUUCACUCUUUUUUUUGCAGAACUGAUGGCGCCCAAAGGUUAUGUGCUGUCAGAGGGAGACAUGGUGAUGCCGGUAAGUCAAGUCAAUGUUUAUUUGUAAAGCACCUUUAAAAGACAGCAGUCGAACAGAGUGCUGUACAUGGGAUAAAUAACAGAAGAAAAUAAAUAGAUGGAUAACAAUAAAAACAAAUUAAAAACAGCAGAAUAAAAUACAGACAGUAAAAGAAUAAAAGCUACAGUGCCUCUGGUUCCUGUGUGCUCAUUUAUUAAAAGCAAGGGAGAAAAGGUGGGUCUUUAACGAUGAUUUAAAAGACUCUAAGGUCUGAGAGGCUCUAAUAUGGCAGCAGGUAAACUUUUCCACAGGUAAGAGUGAAAGUGAAUCGUUUUCUCAUGAUUUCCAAAAAGACUGUCAGAUUUGGUUCAGGUCCAGAGAAGUUAGGGCUGGGCGAUAUCGUAAAAAGUUUAUCACAAUAUGUUUUUUGUUCAUAUCAGUCGAUAUCGAUAUAUAUCACGAUAUAAAAAAUGAAAUUUAACAGUGUUUAUUGGUAGCAUGUCUUUUCCAAUACAAUAAUCUACUGCAUCUGUGAGGUCUUUGUGUCUCUUUGACGUUUUGUCGUAAGGCAUUGCUCUAGAGAAAGCGGACUGAAUGGUCGGCUGUUUCAGGCGCCAUGGGCUCCUUGCUCCUCUCGGGGUUUGUAACCUUUUGUGUUUUGCGUGCUCUGCGGUUUGGCACUGCUUCAGCUGGUGAAAAAGAUUUGAGGUAUUACCCGACUUUGUGAGAACAUGUAGUAGACAUAAUUUACAGUACACAUUACUCUGCUUCAUGUCUGACCUCAAAAAACCAAAAUACCUCCACACCACCAAUGUUUUCGUGCCAGUGUUGUCGACGAUGUCGUCAUCUGAGUCUUUAUCGUCAUUUCUGUCGGGGGUAGCACUCAUUUCUUUUUUCUCACCAACAGUGCUGUCGGCUUCACCUGUUAAAGUGCUAUGGUUGCGUGUAGCUGCUGUCUGAUAUGACGCAGUUAUUUGCUACUUGGUUCUAAUCCAGCAUGAUUGGUUCAGUACGAAGCGUAUGGUUUUGUAUAAUCUACCGAAACAUGGCAGAAUGACGACUGUCAAAGAGCAAAUCGACUGUGUUUUAUAUUGAUAUUGAGGGAAAUUAGUUUUCGAUAUAUAUCGUUAUCGUUUUAUCGCCCAGCCCUAAGAGACGUCAUGAGUUAUUUUCUCUUGUUUUACCCUCAGAGGGACAGGAAUGCAGUGGAGGCGAUUUGGCCGACUCGUGAGAUACCGUACGUCAUCAGUGAAGACUUGGGUACAGAAAACUGUCUGCCGCACACCUCUGGUCCGCAUCCUUGUUUUUAAAGAGUCUUUUAUUUUUUCUUGUAUUCUGUUUGUUUCCCAGAGAGCCGGACAGAUGACAUCCUGUCGGCGAUGGCAAUGCUGUCCAAACACAGCUGCGUGUCGUUCCACAAGAGGACAUCCGAGACAAACUACCUGCUCUUCAAAGCCAGCAAAGGGUUGAUGAAUCUUUAUUAUGUAAUGAUUGUAGAAGAAAAGGAUGUUUUCAGUCCAUCCUAGUCGGUCAAGAUUAAAAAUGUAAGUUAUUCUGUUUAACUCGAAUUUAAAGGUUUAGAUGUUGGUCUGUAAGACGUUGUCUCUUCUCCGUGAUCGUUUACAUCCAGGUUGUAGAUAAAAAAAAAACUUAAGUCCAAAAGUUACGACAAACUUUUGCAUCAGAAUUCCAGGGCCUGUCAGAGGUUUCUGACUUUGAAAUGAAAGUUUUAAAUCUGUCUCAGAGAUGUUUCAAGUUUUUCCUCUAUUGACUCUAGCUGUGCAUCGUACGUGGGCUUCAUUGGAGGAGAGCAGCCUGUAUUCGUGGGGCCGCCGUGCAUCGUGGGUAACAUCGCCCAUGAGAUUCUUCACGCUCUGGGGUUCCAUCAUGAGCACACGAGGACUGACCGUGAACAGCACAUCUCUGUUCUCACUCAUAACAUCAUGUCAGGUACAUCUGAACAGGACUGAUAUCAUCCAGAAUAAAUUAAAACAAGAACAUUCAGAUCAGAUUAACAUGCCUGAGGAUAAUACGGUCUCUGAGUCUCACCUGUGGACCUGCUGAUGGUUCCUUUAGCAAACUUGUUUUAUGUUCAGUUUACGUUUCUGAGUCAGCUGACUGCUGUUUUUUUUUUAGGGAUGGGGAGAAACUUUGAAAUGCGAGAAGGUGAAACUUUUGGACUUCCCUACGACAUCACUUCGAUCCUUCACUACGGGAGGUAAAGUCUGCACAAAAACAUGUCAAGUAGGGUUGCGGGGGGGGGGGGGGGGGAUUCCGGUAAAUUUCCAGAAACUUUCCAUGGGAUGUUAAGCUGGGGAAUUUUGGAAAUAUUCCAAAUUGGAAACUUUUCAUGGGAAUUUAUGGUUAUUAACUGUAUAUUGGGGGUAAUUCAAACAAACUGUAUCGUAUCCAAACAUAAAUUUCCAGAAUUUUGCAACCCUAAUGCCAAGUUUAGUUCUUAUUUCUUCUCAGUUUGAGUCCACAAUUCAGAUUUUUUGUUUGCAACAGUGGGUUUUUCUCAGCAAACGGUCUUCCCACCAUCGUACCAAACAGUGACGUGAAGGGGAUGGGACAGAGAGACGGACUGACAGAGAUGGACAUCCAGAGAGUCAAACAGCUCUACAGCUGUGGUGAGAACCUUUUAACCUUUGAGACAUGGUCAGGCUUCUGCAGACAAAAUAUCAAGUUUGUAGAAGUGGUCAGUAAAAAUGAUGAAUUAUCUCUCCUCCUUUUUUCCCAAAGAUGUCCCAGAGAGAGAGUUGGAGACAGAGAGCGGAAGUGUAGGGAAGGAGGAGGACACGUCUUAUAUUUACAGGAUGUUGUACAGAGACCGCCAUUCUCCUAAAAACCACAGAACAACCACAGCUGCUCCCUCUGCAUCGCUGCAGCUGACGGCUGCUGCCACCAGAGGGCGCAGUAACAUCAGCUAAAAGACUGAAGUGAAGUUUUAAUCAAUAAAAGCGACAGUGCACGUCUGUUUAUUACUGAUUUGUCUGGAUUUUUAACCUUAAAUCAGACUGUUAAUAAAUACAGGUCGCAGUUUCACAGUUAAAGUCUGGU